GCAUUCACAGAAAUUCAGACACAAAGAAGGGAGGAAAAUCUUGGUACUUUAUCACUAUUUCCCUUUUCUUUUCCGAGAAAGUUUCUGCAUUUUUUCCCGAGAAAGUUGCUAUGUUCCCGUUUGGUUUACAGUAAUGCAUUCAUCUCAUCCAUUUCUCAUCUGGGUCCUUUUCUUUCUCUUCGUUAACCUCACAUGCCCUUCAAUUUCUGUCCCAUUCUCGCCUGCUACAAACAAUGUCACGCUCUCAGGUGACGCUUACAUCAACAACAAUGCCAUUAGCCUCACUCAAGAACUCACCACCUGCCCCUCUUCUUCUUCUUCUACCACUACUUCUGGGAUUGGAAGAGCCUUCUAUGCCUACCCAAUCCGGUUUCUUGAUUCUAAAACCAAUGUCACUGCUUCUUUCUUGUGCCGCUUCUCUUUCUCAAUCACACCAAGUUCCCAAUUGUGUUCUUGUGGAGAUGGCAUUGCCUUUGUCAUCACCCCUGAUGUGGAUUCUCUCAGUUCCUCUAGAGGGUACAUGGGCCUUCCAGAGACAAUGUCAACUUCAAAAGAAUCAUUCUUUGCUGUGGAAUUUGAUACCAGAUUUGACCCUAUGGUUGGUGACAUCAAUGGGAAUCAUAUUGGCAUUGAUAUAAACACAGUUGUUUCUGUAGCUUCUGUUGAUGUUGUUUCAAGAGGAAUUGAUUUGACAAGUGGGAGAGAGAUUACUGCUUGGAUUGAGUACAGAGAUGCAAUCAAGAUGAUCCGGGUUUGGGUCGGGUAUUCGUCAACUAGGCCUCCAACUCCUCUCCUUGUUGCUCAGAUUGAUCUCUCCAAGCAAUUCAAGGAGUUCAUGCGUGUUGGGUUUUCUGCUUCUAAUGGGCAGGGCUCUUCAAUUCACAUUGUUGACAGAUGGAAAUUCAAGACUUUUGGGUCUCUUCCACCUGGGAUUCCUAUGGAUGCUGUUGAAGAAGGGGACUGUUUCAUGUGCUCUUCACCAGAAGAUUCAAGUAUCAACAGCAGCCCUGUUGAUCACUCUCAUGAAAGAAAAACAAAGAUGGUGGAGAUGGCUCUUGGGUUGGGAGGUUUAGCUGCAUUUCUCUUCUCUAUAUUUGCAUUUCUUUUUGUUAUUUGUUUUAUAUGUGUGAAGAAGAGAAAGGUCAUUGCCAGAAGGAGCCGAGAAGGCCAAAUUUGUAGAGUUGAGGCAAAAAGAGUUCCAACAAGUUUGUCACUUGCAGAGAUAAGAUCAGCUACAAUGGGAUUUAACCGAAACAGAGUUGUUGGGGAAGGGGCAUCAGCUAAGGUUUAUAAAGGGUCUCUGCCAUCCGGUGGAGAAGUGGCAGUCAAGAGGUUUGAGAGGGCUGAUAAGAUUGGUUGUCUGCGGAGUCCUUUUACUACUGAGUUUGCAACUAUGGUGGGUUGUUUGCGACACAAGAAUCUGGUUCAGCUUCAUGGAUGGUGCUGUGAGGGUAAUGAGUUAGUCCUGGUAUAUGAGCUCAUGCCAAAUGGAAGCCUUAACAAAAUUCUCCACAAAAGCUUCAAUUCCUCAGUUGUUCUAUCCUGGAAGCAAAGACUUAAUAUAGUUCUUGGAGUUGCUUCUGCUCUUGCAUACCUUCACGAGGAGUGUGAGAGGCAAAUAAUACAUAGAGAUGUUAAGACCUGCAACAUAAUGCUUGAUGCAGAUUUUAAUGCCAAACUUGGGGAUUUUGGUCUAGCAGAAGUGUACGAACAUAGUUCCAUUGCAAGAGACGCAACUAUACCAGCUGGGACAAUGGGAUAUCUUGCUCCUGAAUAUGUUUAUUCAGGUGUUCCAACUGUUAAAACUGAUGUUUAUAGCUUUGGUGUGGUGGUGUUAGAAGUGGCAACAGGGAGAAAGCCGGUGGAGGAUGAUGGAACAGUGGUUGUUGAUUGGGUUUGGGGCAUGUGGGAAAAUGGGAAACUGAUUGAAGCUGCUGAUCGGAGGUUGAUGGGGAAGUUCGAUAUGGUAGAGAUGGAAAGAACACUGAUGACUGGACUUGCUUGUGUGCACCCAAACCAUGUGAAGAGGCCAACCAUGAAGGAAGCAGCGAGGAUUCUUAAAGGCGAAGUGCCACUUCCUGUGUUGCCAGCAAGCAAACCAAGAGUGAACCUUAGGCCUGUUUUUCCUGAUGAUUCUGAAGAAAUCCCAAAUUUAUGUGGUCUUCGGCCCAGUCUUGAACUCGAUGAUGUACAAUAUUUGACCCCCAAGAGCCACUUUGGCAAAGAUUAG